AUGCACCGGUCGGCACGUGGGUUACUCAAACGGGACUUUGAUGCAUGGGCGUACAACAUUAGGUGGCCGCAGCGGAAGUCCUUUUUGCCGCUGCUGGGAGUCGCAAGCCUGACGGUGGAGGAUAUUAAAUUUGCGUACAAUGCUUGGUGCCUUCUGCGCCUCGCCAUGUUUUUCGGCACCGGGCACCCAAAAAUUCUGAGUCCGCUGGUGAACACCACCCCCUCAAUGGAUAUAAUGUACGGUGGGAACCGCCUUUUUUACAUGCACGCCGACGUGGGAGCGCCGCUGUCGCACCGGAAGCCCAAAGUCGCCCUCACCCCCUGCUACCCUAAUGCAUGGCCGCUGCAGAGUUUUCCGUGGCGAAGCAUUUUUUCUGCAGCGGGCAGUAGACGCACGCAAGACGAUGCAAUGGACGUUGGCGUGGAAAUUGUGCUCGGGAUGGAAAAUGGACUGUCUGCGAGCGUCGUUGCGGAGUGUGACUACUGCCUGUAUAUUCCGCAGUACGGAUCGAUUGGGUCGCUAUCGAUGAUGUCGGCCAUGGCGAUUGCUUUGCAUUCUGCAGCCAGCGCUCACAAUAACACACACACUGGUGAUGAAGAAGAAUCCCUUCCCGUUGCGUUGCGGGGCCAUAUGCCACAAAGUCACGGUGCCUCCAACGAGACGCAGCAGAAGGACCUUCCGCACGAAAAAAACCUCCUUUCGCUUUCCAACGCGGAAAUUGUGGCUCUGCUCGGGGCGAGGCGUUUGUCCUAUCCCAUGCAGCUGUCCGUUAUGGUGCACAAUGAGUUUGGUGACCGGAACAUUGGUGCAAUAAUGCGCAACGCGAAUGCGUUUAAUUGCGAGCAGAUGAUUGUGUUAAACCGACGGAAAUUUAACCGACGCGGGGCUGUCGGUACGCAGCAUCUGCUACAGACGACAUUUUACCCGGCGAUAGACGAUAUCGGUUGCCAGCAAUCGCUCGCCGGGUACACGAUUUGGCUGCUCUACCAGUACUAUCCCUACCUCAAGAUGUAUGAGGACACCAACGACGACGGCGGAGCCACUUUUAUUCGGCCCGGAAGGCCGGUCUUUCAGGCCUGGUUCCAGGGCAACCACAGACUGAAUCAGGAGCAUCCAAUGAUGGGGUGCCAUGCCUCACAUCUGAGAGGAAAAGAGGUAUACCUGGAUAACUUUGAUUCCGUGUGUUCGGCUGUUAGGGACGCCUCAAACGAGGGCUACCGUGGGAUCAUGUUGGCCGUUCCAGAGGAGGGGGCCUCGUUUCCUUGCGACAUUGUGCGGCAUGCGCAACGAAUUGCAUACGUUGUGCAUCCGGACCGUCUUGCGAGGGAGGUUCAACGUGGUCUCAACGGGGCACUUUCCUCCGCAAUUGCACUAGAGAGAUUAAGAACCGCGGUGGACUGCCUAUAG